CUGUGUCCCAGUGUUGUCGCCUGGAGGUCAGACAUCCAUCACUGUGCCUGAUGCGGAGUUGAGCUGUCAUCCACCCAUCUGUUGACCGGCCGGCUCAGUGAGUCUGACUCUGAAACACAGCCGUGGAAUAACCCACCCGUGUCCUCUCCGCGCAGUCUGCGUCUUUCUUUGUGUUCAAAUCAGAUCCAACAAACAAGACGACACCGCGAACAAAGAACGGAUGCGUUAAAAUGCGACCAAUUCCACCUUAAAUGCCAAUUGCGUCUAUGCUGGAGACCAAGUCGCCAUCUUCGGUCCACCUUAAGCGCACAAUGUGGCCAACGAAUGCGAGCGUACCAGCCGGGCUUCCGUCCUCAUUCUCCAGCCGAGGAUCGCGCUCCGGCUUCCAGCUUUGACACAGCAGCGUCACUUCUGAAACCACAGAGGGGGGAGAAGACGCACCCGGGCCAGAGCCCAUCCGCACCCUCAGGAGAGAAAGAUGUCCGAGCCAAACAAGUACCGAGAGUGGAUUCUGGAAACCAUCGACUCUCUCCGCUCGAGGAAAGCUCGUCCGGAUCUGGAGAGGAUUUGUCGAAUGGUUCGGAGACGUCACGGCUCGGACCCGGACCGAACCAGGACAGAACUGGAAAAACUGAUUCAAGAGCAGACGGUGCUCAAAGUUAGCUACAAGGGCUCCAUAUCUUACCGAAACGCGGCCAAGGUGCAGAGGAAAAGCCGAAAGAAGAGUGAGUUUACGGGCGCUGGCAGCAGCAGCAGCGGCGCGGAGGCAGCGAGGACCAAACACGACCAUCUGAACAACAACGGCGACAGUGCGCACAGCUUCACCGACCAGGAGGAGGGAGAGGAGGACUCGGAGCCCAACCCAGAGCCCCACACUCACACAGCAGCCAGCAGCGAGGGGAAGCAGCCUGCCGCCAGCCCGAGGAGCGGAAACGGGUGCCUCAGUUGUGGCGCAACAACGGGCUGCGAUGUCGGGAGCGGCUGUAAAGAGGAGAAAGCAAGUGCAGCGAGAGACGAGGAGGGAUUAGGAGGACAGCAGGGAGCGGUGGGCUGCCCGUCUCUGCCCGGGCUCAGAACAAGCGCACACGACAGCGGAGAUGCCAGCGGGACAACCCCGGGGAGAAUCGACGCAGUUCGCGGGGGGAAAGUACCUGGCCUGUCCGGGGCUGACACCCCAAACAAAACUUGCUCUGGGGGCGUCAGCCUUCAACAGCACAGACCGAAGCAGACUGCGCCCCUUAAGCCCAAACUUCGAGUCGCAGGAGAGGGCAUCAGAGCAGCGGGGACCAACCCAGACCUCGGCGACAGAGUGGUGGCUUCUGUUCGCAGCCUGUCCGAGAGGAGCCUCAAUGGGGGCUCCACCGCCGCCACCCGAGGCCACAUCAAGCCGCUCGGGCUGAAGGAGAUCCUGGGCUAUCUGAGCAGUCAGGAGCGCCUGUCGGAGGAGAAGCUGACCAGAGGCAAAGUCAAAGUGGUGAUGGAGAGAGAGGUGGAGAGGGGCAGGCUGCGCAGGACCCGCUGCGGGAACAUCACUCUUCCUCUGAGGGGGGUGGAACUGGAGGAGCCGAAGAAUGCGUCCACGAACAGACUUGUAAAGAGCGCACUGCAGGACAGGCACAGUGAGAAGAAGCCGCCGACCCCCUCUCUCCAGGAGAAUGAGCCAAUGGAAACAGCCAGUGAAGAGGAGGACAGGGAACAUAAUGAGGAAGAGGAGGAGAAAGAUGAUCCCCGGAGUUCUGAAGAGGAGGGUGGACUUUCCUUAGUAGCCAUGACAACCGAACCAGAGCUCAUUGAGAAAAGCAGAGAAGAUGCUGAGUUCCAGGAAGGAUCAAAGCAGGAGAGCCCCCAGCAGCAGCAGGAGGGCAAAGGACUCAGUUCUGUCGGCAGGACGCCAUGUUCACCUCUUCAGGUAUCCAACAACAACGCUCACUUGAAGGAAAGAGAUAUGGUCUCUUAUCAGCUACAUACAGAUGCAAAGAUGCAGAAUGACAGAGUCGGCCAGACCUCCCCGGGCUUCAACUGCCUGGAGUCGAAGACAGAGGUCGGCGUGUCGUCCUGCCUGCUCACACCCACAGCCUCCCCGAGAGACUCCGGCCAGUCUGAUGAACGAGGGAUAAACGGAGGAGUUAGCAGUGGAGGGUUAAUAAAGUCUGAGGCGAUCAGUGGCAGCCCGAUGGAGUGGACGGUGUCUGAUGUUGUCAGUUAUUUCACAGCAGCAGGUUUCCCAGAGCAGGCUGCUGCUUUCAAGACCCAGGAAAUCGAUGGCAAGUCUCUCCUCCUCAUGCAGCGCAACGAUGUUCUGACCGGCCUGUCAAUCAGACUCGGCCCCGCCCUCAAGAUCUAUGAGCGUCAUGUAAAGGUGCUGCAGAGAACGCAUUUUGAGGAUGACGAGUGCUAACACACACACACAUGCACACACACAAAAUACACACAAAGGCCCUGAGUCUGUAUCUACAUUUAGCUUCAGUAAUCUUAUAACAAUGUAUGCAUGAAGUACAAUAGACAACUUUUCAUCUCAUGCCAAACAACACACACACGCACACACACGCACACACACACGCACAUGCACACGCACAAACACACACACACAGUUUCUUUCCCUCCCGGCCCGCUCUGACUGCUCUGGUCCAGAAACAACACAAAAAACGAGACUGACUUCCCUGCACAAUGAAGAUUUUCUACUGAACACAGUGUUAAUGUUGGAGUGAGAAAGACGUCAGAGACAUUUUUUUAAGUCGCAGAAUUAAAAAAUAACAUCAUUCAACUCUUUUUUAGUCACAACGUUCACACACUUUUUUGCAUUUUCUCUAUUAAACUGUAAGUUAGUUUGUUUUUUCUGUGCUCCUUUUUUGCACAUUUUGAAAGAAGGUUGUUUAUUUUGUGAAGAGGUAAAUUGAAGUUUGAUUUAAUGAGGCUCUGAUGAAAGAUGUCGUCUGUUGUGGUUAUGUUUUUGCUUGUUUAAACACACUGUUUUUGUGAGGAUGUGUGACGGAGCUUGUUGGAUUGCAAAGAAGCGAAGGAGAAGUUGAACAGAUAAAAUGCAUCUUUGGUUACAGCAAUAACCUGAUAAUUCCUCUGAGGUGGGUUCGGUGGUUGAACACUGUCGGUCCACAGGUGGUUGAUUUCUUCUUGGUUUAAUGUUUUAGAGGAAAGCCUAAGACACAAUCUUGUUGAUGUUUUGAAACAGAACUACCCACAAUCCUCAUCACCAGAUCAAAGAAAGCCUUCAUGCAGGCCCUGCUUACACCUGGUAUCAACAUGGAUCCUGAGUGAUCCGAGUAAAGAUGCACUGAGAUCCAAAACAUUCAUCCACAUACAGAGGUGGUGAUGAUUUGUCCACAUCAGUCUGGCAGUACGUAUACACACUGAGUCCAGGAAAGAAAGAAGAAACAAAGGGAGCUGAUCAGCUGUUUGACCUUAACAAGGCGCUGGAAUAGACUCUUUUCAGUCAGCUGAUCUGAGCCCGGCAGGGUAGCCACAUGCUAACCAGGAAGCUGACACUAAUGAUCUUAACCAGGAGGGAGAUAGUACAAGUGAAAGUGCCCCCACUAUGACAUUCAUCCAUGAGCUAGAACUGCAGAAAGGAGGGUGAGCUGCACACGUGUGACCGAGCAGAAAUGUGAUCUGUGUGGUGAUCCCACAGAUUGUCUUUAUUAAACAUCAGUGUCGUCACUAUGUUUGCUUGAGGGUGACAUCUCUGCCUGUGGAGACAUGGAUCCUGCACUGUAGCAGAUCACAUCCCAUGUGGACCCUUGGCCGUUGUCACUGCAGGAUUGUUCUGCUUAUAUAGAUCGUAUUCAGUCUUUUAAUACAGACAUGUAGACAUGAAAUAUUCUGUAUUUCUCCGUGCAACCCUGGCUCUAAUACACACAGAACUUCUUCACAUGUUGGCAAAACAUGAGGAGUUUAGGGCAUGACCGAUAUGAACAAAUGAGUCCUAGACCACCUCCAUAUGUGACCUGAGUGACACUCAAUCCAACUUCAGGACACAUGGACUUCUGUCUGUCUACUUCUGAUCCUAUCACCCAGUGUGGAGGAUAAUGCCAGGUGUUAACAGGGUCUCAUGGCCAAAUUCCACCAGAUCCGUAUCCGGUCCGUCUCCGAUUCCGUCAUGGCACCGGAUCUGAUAGGUUUCUAUUUUAGUCAAUGUGUCAACUUCCACUGGAUCCGCUCCGUAUCGUUCCGGCUGCUCUGAUCCGACAGGUCGGAAUGCAACGGAUUGGAGACGGACCGUACACGGAUCUGGUGGAAGUCCCGUGUUAGGCUGCAGCACUUGAACAUGCGCAUGCGUUGAGAUCAAUGAAUGACCUCCCAGAUAUGAUCAAGCCUUUCUCAUCAGGCCUUUCAGAAGCCAAACAAUUACUUUGAGUGUACUUGGGGCGAGCGUUAGCUGUUGAGAAGCCGCCAGCUGGUGUUUGCAGUCUGUAAAUCCAAUUGUGGGGUUGGUUUUGUUAGUUAAUCAAGAAUCACUUUGCAUCCCUGAUGGGUAAACUCGUGCUUGCAUGUGUGCACAUUCACCAGCAGCAGGGACGCUGUAAGCACCAACUUAAGGCAGUUACAAAUACAAAUCCGUGCACCUGCAUUAUCUACUGAUCCUUAGCGGAUUGAUUUUACACCACAAAUAAAGCUCUGCUGUGCUUGUUUGGACACUUCCAAAGUAUUUGAUCAAUGAAACAGUUAUGCUGCUGAAAAUCCAUCUGAUUCAAAAAACAGUGACGCUGACAAACUAGUGAGAGAUGUGGUAAAACUUACAACACUGAGGAUCAUACAGCACACUCGAUCACACAGGUGUGAAACAGGGUCAUUGAUAAAACUCACACUUCAUGACUGCACAGAGCUUAAAGAGGACGAAUGUUUCAUCCUGAGUCAGUCCUCCGUGCGUUUGAAUCAGCAGAAAGCUAAAUAAAGACCGUCCUGACACUGGAGUGGGCUCCAGAAAGGUUAGACAACAGAAAAUCUCAGCCACGUAUCCCUGAGUGAGUACAAGGAUCAGGAAUAAGUCCAGAAAGACGUCAGCCUUUGUUUGUAAAUUAAAACUGAAAGAUGUAACUGCAGGGUAAAGCUGAGUCAAUCAAUCAACUUAUCUAAUACCACCAGCAUUUUUUAACUGUUUGUACCCGUCAGAAACCAACCUGUCAAACUCUGUCUCAUCUCAUUCCUGUGUUCAACAAAUCCAUUCCAGGUGUGACAUCUUGUCCUGCAUGCUUUAUUAAAAUGACCUGUAUUUGUACAUUUCAUCAUAUUUUAUGUAAUGUUUUGAAUGUUUCCUGUUCACUCUCCACAAAUGUUCAGAUUUCUUUAUGCACUCAAGCCUCCGCUACCUCUCACCCAGGGGCGUGUCCAGAGGGGUGGCAUGUCACCCCUUGAUAUCUGAUUGGCCACCCCAAAGUCUUUAACUAUGAUUGUCUAUUUGGCUUGUCAGAGGCGGGACAUACUGUGUAUUAAAAUCAACUAUUUGAGCUGUGUUGAAAUCAUAGACCAUAAAAAAUGGAUGUCGUCUCUGUGACGUCACCCAUCUGUUCCUGAGCUCUGUUUUGAAGCCAAUCAUCGGCGGAUGCCAUAUUGGAAAUGUUGAACUCAACCUAACUUCGUCUGAGCUUGUGUUUAGGCUUUUCGCUAACAGCUACAGGGAGCCCGCCUGUCAAUCAAGUCAGCCCUGUCCUUAAUUUUGCAAGACUCGUAAGAUUAAUAUCUUCGAAAACACUUGAAUUAUAAAAAAAAUCCUACUCAGCACUAAAUCCAUUUUUGAACCAGACUGUUAACAUGUUUAUUUCUGCUGGAAAUAUCGUCUUCUUUGAAUGGGUGUGUAUGUGGUUUCUGGUGUUUUUGCAGCCAGCCUCAAGUGGACAAUCCAUGAACUGCAGUUUUUAACACUUCCGCAUUGGCUUCAUAUUUUGAGACUGGAGGUUUCCGCUUGGUUGAAACAAAGUCGGUCAAAAGUAGAACAAGUUACUACCGAGGUGGAGUCAUGACGCCUAUUUUAAAGGAAACGGUUACAAAUGCAGCACACAUUAACCUACUUUACAACCCCACAUUUGAUGUGGUUGUUUUAUAUAAUUUGCCAAUAAAAAUGUAUUAUUUAUAGAAACGAAAUUUGGUCCUUAUAGAGUCGUUUUCUUAAAAUCAGUCUUGAAAAGAUGAGGGUGUAAUCAGGGUCAUUCAUAUUCUGACCAAUUUAGUAAUAAAUAACUAUUUCAUAAGACAGGUGCAUUGAAGGAGUCCAUCAAAUAUGACAGAAACAAAUGACCAAUAAAAGUAUUUUUGAUAUUAAGAUGUAAAGGAGGAUGUUUGCAUUAAGUGAAGUACUUAAAAACUCUUACUUUUCGUCAACAACAAAAAAAUAGAGUCCCUCAAGAUUUAAAGAUUAGAAGAUUCAAAUGUUGCUACUGAGUUAGGCGCAAGCGGCAACCUCCGGCCACGAGAAUUGAAGCCAAUGCUGAAGUGUUAAAAACUGCAGUUCAUCGAGGAUCCGCUUGAGGCUGGCUCCAGAAGCACCAGAAACCACAUACACACCAAUUCAAAAAAGCUGAUCUUUACAGCAGAAAUAAACAUGUUUACAGCCUGGUUCAAAAGACGAGUGUGGUCUGGAUAGCUCAUAUCUCGAUUGGCACACACUGUAGGGGGGGUGAAUUUUUUUUAAUAAUGCAGCAAUUUCAAAGAUAUUGAGUUUACAAGUUUCCCAUUAUGAGAGGCACAGCUGACUUGAUUGACAGGCGGGAACACUGUAGCUGUUGGCUAGGAGGCUCAAAGCCCGCCUCUUUACGUCACAAUCGCUUGACAGAAGUUAUGUGGAGUUCAGUGUUUCCGAUAUGCAAAUGCUACUUUUUUUCUCUAGGCUGCAUAAACAUUACACAGAAGUUACAGCGUAUGCCUCAAAACAGUGCUUCAGAAACAGAUGGGUGACGUCACAGAUACUACUUCCAUUAUUUAUACAGCCUUUGGUUAGGUGUUGCUUUCUAAUUUUUAAAUAGUUGUACACAGGAACAAAACAUCUGUUAGAUACUUCAAAAGUCUGGACAUGCCCCUGCUCUCACCCAAAGUUUCUCCCUCACUCUCCCUUUUUUCUUACAACUUCUACAAACACUUUCAGGUUUUACCUGUUAGUUGGAGGUGUACCGUCUGCUGCCACUGUUCAGUUUGUUUCAUUCUCAUGAGUUGAAUAUGUUGGAAAAAAGAGGAUGGUGUUUGAGUCCAGAUUGUACAGUGCACCCCGGCCCGCGUUGAUUGUCUCACAUUCUUUGUUAAAGAACAACUUUAGUAAUAAACGUUUCAAUUAAAACAC